AUGUCUCUUAGUCGUCUGGCUCAGUCAACUCGUGGUUCUCUUUUCCUUUCCUUAAGAUCUGCUCAUUCUGCAACGAUAUCGACAGAUAGUGUUAAGCCAGAAGAGCUUGAUAACCCAAAUUUCUUCCAAAAAAUUGUUCUUCGAUUCAAAGGAAUUCCACUCAAAGGAGAAAGUCAACGUCCAAAAUGUAUGUUUGAUGAUUGUGAUAAGGAAUGGUUUGCUCCAAAGCCUCUUCCAGAAAUGCCAAAAGACUUUAAAGAACAUCCAGACAGAGACCUCGUUAACUACCCAUAUCCAGCUAGACCAAUGUAUCCACCAAAAACUCGCUUUUUAGUUAUGCCAAACUCUUGGUUUACUCCAUUCCAAAGUAUAACUGGAACUUCUGGUCCAUACCUUUUCUUUGGAGGUUUGGCUGCUUUUCUUGUUAACAAAGAAAUCUUUGUAUGUGAGGAACAAGCAUAUUCACUUGGAGGAUGGAUUGCAUUUUAUCUCAUUCUUUCAAGAAGUGUUGGAUAUAAGCUUGACAAAUGGCUUUAUGAAGGAUAUCAAGAAAGAAUGAACUAUUUUAAGGGACUUAUCAAAGAAGACCUUAAGAAUGCUGUAGAAUUCAGAAAAAUGGCAGCUGCUGAGACAGAAUCUCUUACUGCAGUUAAGGAAGCUUUCCCAAAAGUUAUGAAAGAUAACUUAGAACUUCAAUUAGAAGCAACUUAUAGAAAGAAUGUUAAAAAUGUUAGUAAUGAAAUUAAAAGAAGAAUUGACUAUUUGGUUGAAUCUGAAGAGACCAAACAAAAAUUCGAAAAAGAUUGUCUUAUCAAAUAUAUUACUGGAGGAGUUACUGAAGCCAUUCAAAAGAAUGAGGGAGGUAUUAAAGAUGCAUAUCUUGAAGAUUGUAUCAAAGAAUUGAAGAAUUUAGCUAAUAAGGCUUAG